CUUGCUGAGAGAAGCGAGGGGGGUGGGCUGGAAGGAGGCAAGCGAGCUGAAAGCUCUUCCAAAUCACAUGCCCAUUGCCCAGCUGUGCCCAAAGUAGCACUGGGCACCAUAUACCCAGGCGAAAUACCCAAGUUGUGCUUGCUAGGAGUCACCUUGUUGUUUAUAGAACAGCCCAACAGAGCGCUCGGCUGUGAUUCUCAAGCUCUGGCUCCCCGGCAGCAGAAUGAGCGAGUCCGCUCCGGAUUUUCCAUGUGCACUGGAGUGAUCAGAAAGAAGUGGAUAAUGGUAGCUCCAGCCUCUCUCCCUCACAAGCCAUGCUGGGCCAGAUAGACACAGCCAGACGUGUAUACACUUAUAUCCGGGUUACACAGGAAAACAGAGACGCACACAUACACAAUGAGAAAAGUUUCCUUUUAAACUUUCUGCUUAUGCACCACCACGCCAGGAGAAUAGCUGGAGCCUGAGGAGAAAGCAUAAAGCUGCUGCUGGGAUUUUUCUUUCUAUUUUGUGUGGCUUUUUUCCGUGGCUGCUAACCUUGCUGCAUCCAUUCUAACAAGAAAUGAUUCACAGUUGUAUGACUAGGACUCUACUAUUGCGUGGCAUUUAAGGGAAUUUCCCCCACUCGGAUUUGCUGCUAUUUUCCCCGUUUUGGUUUUAAGAUUUGUAUUAUUUUCUGAUUUUUUUUUUCUUUUUGUUGUUUUUUUCCUGGAUUGUUGGGGGGGUCUGGUGUUGCUGCUCCUAGGACUGAAAUGUUGCAAUGAUCAUGGCCGCGCAAGUGGUUUCAGCUGCAGCAGCCCCUCCAGCCACCAAUACGAACAAUAAGGGGAAAAGCCAGGGUCUUCCUGGGCUCAAUCAGGACUUAAACAGCGGGGGAUCCGGGUCAGUACCUGGACUGGGAGAUGGAGCAGCAGCCAAUAGCAGCACGAACAACAACAACAAUAAUGGGGAUCACCUCCACCACCACAGUCUUCUGCACCACCACCAUCUCCAUCAUCAUCAUCACCAUCAUCAUGAAGUAAACUUGGCCACUGGAACCUCACUAUCCUCUGCCAAUGCUAAUAACACCAACAACAAUAAUAGCAGUUCAGACGCUGGACAUAAGGAGGGCAGGAAUUCUGCAGUGUCGCCCCAUUAUCAUGUUGUGGAUAUGGGUGGUGGGGUCCCAAAUCACAAGCUUAAAGGUAGUGGUAGUUCUGCAAGUGGUGGGGAUUAUCUUGCACCCAUUACUCACCCACUUCACCCUCCUCAUCACCAUGCCCACCACCCCCAGCAGCACCCAUCCCACCAUGCACCCCAGCAUCUGCAACAGCACCCUCCCUACCACCCUAACCAUCCACAUCCACCCCAGCAACUAAAUCAACUGCAGCCUCAGCAGCUAUCAGGGACCAUCCAGCAACCAAGCCCAAAUAAGAGCAGUCCUGGAGGAGGCAGCAGCAGCGAGGCGUCAGACAUGGAAAAUCAGCAACAGCAGCAGCAACAACAACAUGGUGGUGUAGGGGAAGAGGGCUCCAACAGCGCUGCUGCAGCAGGGAAGGAUGUGGCUUUGGGCAAUCAGGGGGACUCCCAGCCUAGGAGGGCUACGAAGGCAGACGAGGACGAUCUACAGCAGGGGAAAAUGAGAGUUGGGGAGCCUGUGAGCGGCCGGUACGAGCAUACAGUGCUGGGGGGAGGGCAAGGGAACAGCAGCAAUAAUACUACUAAUAAUAAUAUUGGUGGCAGCGGGGGAUCAUCAUCUUCUUCUUCCUCAUCCUCGUCUUCUUCCUCAGUGUCCGACUUUAAUAAUUAUUAUGGCAGUGCAAGUACAAGCAGAGCAGGGCCUUGCUUUGAUCAACAUGGCAGACAACAAAGCCCUGGAAUGGGGAUGAUGCACUCUGGAACAGCGGCCCCCAACAGCAGUAUGGAGCCCAUUCAGAACUCCCACGAAGGGUUCGGCAGCGGCAGUCACUAUGAGCACUACCAGGGAUCGUACAGUAGGGCCGCCGCGGCAGGAGGGGGCAUAGGAGCGUAUGGCAGUACAGCGGCUGGCUAUGGGGUACUCGGCUCCCCCAGGCAAAGCAGCAGUGGUACCUCCAGCAGCAGCAUUUUGAUGGGGGGAGGGGGUACCAGCCAUGGCAAAGCACCCAGUGCCUCCAAUGCAGGGGGCUUCCAGCGGUACCAAGGACAGACCCCGCACCCUUCAGGGGCUACCCCUACUCUCAAUCAGCUUCUGACCUCACCCAGCCCCAUGAUGAGGAGCUAUGGGGGCAGUUACCCCGAUUUCGGAAGCUCCAGUGGCCCCCAGCAGCAGAGUGGAAGUAGCCAGGGGAGCCAGCAGCCUAUGGGAAUGGGCAAGGACAUGGGCUCCCAGUAUGGAGCAGCGAAUUCUGCUUGGGGAGCACAACAAAGAAAUCACCCGGCUAUGAGUCCUGGCAGCACUGGCCAGAACAGCAACAGACCCCAGCAGGGUGGCCCAAUGGAUCCCAUGACAAUGAAGAGACCUCAGCUGUAUGGAAUCGGCGGUGCUCCUUAUUCACAAACACAACAAAGCAGUCCGUACCCUGGCCAAGCAUAUGGUGCUCCAGGGCCACAGAGGUAUCCAAUGGGAAUUCAAGGACGUACACAAGGUGCUAUAGUAGGAAUGCAGUAUCCACAACAGCAGAUGCCGCCUCAGUACGGUCAGCAAGGUGUAAGUGGCUACUGCCAACAAGGCCAACAGCCAUAUUACAACCAGCAGUCGCAGCCUCAGUAUCCGCAGCCCCAGGCUCAGUACCUGUCACAAGCUCAACAACGGUAUCCACCCCAACAGGAAGUUGCACAGGAAGGUUAUGGAAACAGACUCCAGCCUCCUUCAGUGGCUCCAGGGAAAAGCAACAAUGAAGACAUGAACCUGAUGCAGCAAGAAAGGCCAUCAAGCUUACCAGACUUAUCUGGCUCUAUUGACGACUUGCCAACUGGGACAGAAGCAACGCUAAGCUCUGCAGUCAGCGCUUCUGGUUCUACAAGCAGCCAGGGGGAGCAGAGCAAUCCUGCACAGUCACCCUUCUCGCCCCAUGCCUCACCACAUCUCCCAAGCCUCCAGGGUGGGGGGCCAUCACCAUCUCCUGUGGGUUCACCUGUUGGAAGCAACCAAUCACGAUCUGGUCCAAUAUCCCCUGCUAGUAUAUCUGGAAACCAAAUGCCCCCACAGCCUCCAGGUAGCCAAUCGGAAUCCAGUUCACAUCCUGCAUUGAGCCAGUCGCCAAUGCCACAGGAUCGGGGCUUUAUAUCUGCUGUGCAAAGGAACAAUCAAAUACCGCAGUAUGGACCUCAGCAUACUGGCCCACCGAUGUCGCCUCAUCCUCCUCCUCCUGGAGGCCAAAUGCAUCCUGGUAUGGGCAGCUUUCCCCAGAGCAACUCAAGUGGCAGCUAUGGGUCUCAGAUGGGUCAAUAUGGACCACAGGGCAAUUAUUCAAGGUCACCAUCUUACACUGGAGUCCAAAACACAAGCUACAGUGGUCCUGGCCCAGGCAUCAAUAUGAAUGCCAACAGCCAGAUACAUGGACAAGGGCCAAGUGGAUCUAUGAGUAUGGGCAGGAUGCCUGGGAAUGCAAUGCAGAACAGGACAUAUGCCACGAAUAUGGGUAACUUGCCCCCCAACUCUUCCAGCAUGUCGCAGCAAGGAACUCCAGGAAUGGGACCACCAAUGCCAACUGUGAAUCGUAAGGCACAGGAAGCGGCUGCGGCUGUGAUGCAGGCUGCCGCAAAUUCUGCCCAAAACAGGCCACCAUACAUUAGGUCACCUACUUAUCCCAGCCAGUCUGGGGCUGGCGGACGCCCCAUGUUUUCUUCACAGCAUCCCAACUAUGGCAACGCUCAGGUUUCAAUGAUGCAUCAGACUGAUCAGUACGGGCAAAGCGGGUUUCCUGGCAUGAACCAGAGUGGGCUUAUGGGGUCAAAUUCUGCAUAUAACCAGUCAAUGAGUAAUAAUUCUGGCAUGAUGAAUUCCCAACAAUCCCCAUAUAAUAUGAUGAACAGUUCCACAGGUCACCUUGGUCUUGUUGACAUGAUAAAUACUGGAGAAUCUAAGAUGGCAUCAACUCUCAAACUUGAUGGUAAAGCAGAUUCACCUGCUCCACCUGAAACUAAGUCAAAGGAUAGCUACAGUUCACAGGGUAAUUCUCAGCCCCCAACCCCAGGCCUCCUGACAGUCCCUUCCCCAUUGUCCCCAAGCUCUGCUAGCAUCUCCUCCUUUCAUGGAGAUGAAAGUGAUAGCAUUAGCAGCCCAGGCUGGCCAAAGACUCCAUCAAGCCCUAAAGCAAGUUCUUCAACAACCACUGGAGAAAAAAUCACAAAACUUUAUGAAUUAGGAAAUGAGCCAGAGAGGAAGAUGUGGGUGGAUCGGUACUUGACCUUCAUGGAGGAACGAGGCACUCCUGUUGCAAAUCUGCCUGCAGUUGGAAAAAAACCUCUUGACCUUGUCAGGCUGUACUUUUGUGUUAAAGAGAUUGGCGGUUUAGCUCAGGUUAAUAAAAACAAGAAGUGGCGAGAGCUGUCAAGCAAUCUGAAUGUUGGCACCUCUAGCAGUGCAGCCAGCUCCUUGAAAAAGCAGUACAUACAGUAUCUGUUUGCCUUUGAAUGCAAGAUUGAGAGAGGGGAGGAGCCACCUCCAGAGAUUUUCAAUCCUGGAGAGUCAAAGAAGCAGCCUAAGAUUCAGCCGCCAUCUCCUGCUAACUCAGGCUCGCUUCAAGGUCCUCAUACACCCCAGUCCACUGGCAGCAACUCCAUGGCAGAAAUGUCACUUGAACUAAAGCCUCCAACACCAGCCUCGACUCCACACGGCCAACUGCAGCCCAUGCCAGGGGGAAGGAAUAGUGCUGUGAGUGUACAGGACCCCUUCUCUGAUACAAGUGAUUCAUCUUUUCAAAAGCGUAAUUCCAUGACCCCUAAUGUCCCCUACCAGCAAGGCAUGAAUUUACCAGACAUGAUGGGAAGAAUGCCAUUUGAGCCCAACAAAGAUCCAUUUGGUGGAAUGAGGAAAGUACCUGGAAGCAGUGAGCAUUUUAUGGCUCCUGGCCAGAUGCCCAGCAGCAACAUGCAGGAUAUGUACAACCAGACUCCCUCUGGAGUUAUGUCCAAUAUAGGAAUGAGUCAGCGGCAGCAAUUCUCUUAUGGGCCUGGAGGCUAUGACAGGAGAUCUGAAUAUGGAAUGGGUGCUGAAGGGAGUAUGGGGCCACCAGGUCAGAACAGCAUGGCACCUUCAAACAGUGAUCCGGGCAUGUAUUCCCCAAAUCGCUAUCAUGGACAGCAAAGACAUGAACCUUAUGGACAGCAGUAUUCUGGACAAGGACCACCUUCUGGACAACCACCAUAUGCAGGACACCAGCCAGGAAUGUACCCCCAGCAACAGAACUACAAGAGACAUAUGGAUAGCAUGUAUGUUCCUCAAGCCAAGCGUCAUGAAGGCGAUAUGUACAAUAUGCAGUAUGGCAGCCAGCAACAAGAUAUGUAUAAUCAGUAUGGAAAUUCAUAUUCUGGCCAAGAAAGGCGUCCCGUACAAGGACAGUAUCCAUAUCCAUACAACAGAGAGAGAAUGCAAGGUCCAGGACAAAUGCAACAACACAGCAUGGGGUCUCAGCUUAUGGGAGGAUCCAUGCAGUCCUCAGCAAGUGAAGGUGCUCAACAAAAUAUGUGGACAUCACGAAAUGACAUGCCUUAUUCAUACCAAGUUAGGCAAGGCCCCGCAAGCACAACACAGACAGGGUCAUACUCAGCCAUGAAUCGAUCUGAUGAAAUGAUGGGUCCUGACCAAAGAAUGAAUCAUGACAACCAGUGGUCAUCCCAUGGCAAUCAACGGCAGCCUUCAUAUAUGUCUCCCACUGCAGCUAUGCAGCCAAUCACAAGAGCUCCUCCAUCAUCUUAUCAGACCCCUCCAUCGAUGCCAAAUCAUAUUUCCAGAGCUCCCAGUCCAGCAUCUUUUCAGCGCUCCCUGGAGAAUCGUAUGUCGCCUAGCAAGUCUCCUUUUCUGCCUUCCAUGAAGAUGCAAAAGGCUUUGCCAACAACCACAACAUCACAAAGCACGGUGACUUCUCCUCAGGUUCCAGUUAGGCGAGAAAUUACUUUUCCUCCGGGAUCAGUGGAGGCCACUCAGCCAAUCUUGAAACCGAGAAGAAAACUCACAGCAAAAGAUAUUGUGACACCUGAGGCUUGGAGAGUGAUGAUGUCACUGAAGUCUGGCCUGUUGGCUGAAAGUACCUGGGCUUUAGAUACUAUCAAUAUCCUGCUAUAUGAUGACAGCACGGUUGCCACUUUUAACCUGUCUCAGCUGCCUGGAUUUUUGGAACUCUUGGUGGAAUACUUUAGAAAAUGCCUAAUUGACAUCUUUGGGAUUCUGAAGGAAUAUGAAGUGGGUGAAGCAGUUCAGAAAGCUCUUUCACCAACCACAGAAGAUACUUAUUCUGCAAUGGAGGAGGAGGUUUCACUUGAAUAUUCAGAUACAGAGGAAGAAGAUGAUGAUGAAUAUGAUAAAGAAGAAGAUGAUAACCUCAAAAUAGAGGAAAAGGGCUUUUCCUACCAAAAUUCGGAAUUACUCACCGAUUCAAGUGAGAGACCCAAACAGGCCAGUAAAUUUGACAAAUUGCCAAUUAAGGUUGUAAAAAAGAGCAAUCUUUUUGUCAUUGAUAGAUCUGACAGACUUGGUCGUGUUCAGGAAUUUAAUAGUGGCCUGCUUCAUUGGCAGCUUGGUGGGGGUGAUACCACUGAGCACAUUCAAACUCACUUUGAAAGCAAAAUGGAAAUUCCCAGUCAUAGGAGGACUCCGCAAUCUAGCAAUUCCCCAGUCAAGAAGAAAAAAGGCCAUGAGGAUAUAGCUGUAGCAGAAUAUGAAGAGCAACCAGAGAAAAGCAUAACAGCGACCAUUGAUGAUGUUCUUUCUGCAAGGCCAGGGGCACUUCCUGAAGAUUCCAAAAAUGAUUUUUUACAGACAGAAAGUGGCAAGCUUUCCUUAGGAAUUCAUCAAGCCAAACAACAUAGGAAUAUUACAUUAUUAGAAGAUGAACCAAGAAGCAGAGAUGAAAUUCCUUUGUGUACAAUAGCUGUAUGGAAAGACUCUUUGGCCAAACGCUGUAUAUGUGUUUCAAACAUUAUCCGUAGUUUAUCAUUUGUGCCUGGUAAUGACACAGAGAUGUCAAAACACCCAGGUUUGGUGUUGAUCCUUGGGAAGCUAAUACUUCUUCAUCAUGAGCAUCCAGAGAGAAAGCGAGCGCCGCAAACAUAUGAGAAAGAUGGAGAAGACAACAACAAAGGGGUAUUAUGUACCAAGGAUGAAUGGUGGUGGGAUUGUCUCGAGGUUCUGAGGGAAAAUACUUUGGUCACAUUAGCCAAUAUCUCUGGACAGCUAGAUUUGUCUGCUUACACAGAAAGUAUCUGUUUGCCAAUUUUAGAUGGCAUGCUACACUGGUUGGUGUGUCCAUCUGCGGAGGCACAGGAUCCUUUCCCGACUGUGGGGCCCAUUUCUUUCCUUUCCCCUCAGAGACUUGUGCUGGAAACAUUGUGUAAACUUAGUAUACAGGACAACAAUGUGGAUCUUAUAUUAGCUACUCCACCAUUCAGCCGCCAAGAGAAAUUGUAUGCAACUCUUGUUAGGUAUGUUGGGGAUCGCAAAAACCCAGUUUGUCGUGAAAUGUCUGUGGCGCUGCUGUCAAACCUUGCUCAGGGGGACACAUUGGUAGCAAGGGCCAUAGCUGUUCAGAAAGGAAGCAUUGGGAACUUAAUAAGCUUCCUGGAAGAUGGAGUCACUAUGGCCCAAUACCAGCAGAGCCAGCAUAACCUCAUGCACAUGCAGCCUCCACAUCUGGAGCCACCUAGUGCGGAUAUGAUGUGUAGGGCUGCCAAGGCUUUACUGGCAAUGGCCAAAGUGGAAGAAAAUCAAUCUGAAUUCCUUUUACAGGAAGGCCGACUGCUAGAUAUAUCUAUAUCAGCUGUUCUGAACACUGUUGUUGCCUCUGUUAUUUGUGAUGUACUCUUUCAAAUAGGGCAGUUAUGACACAAGUGGGAAGCCAAGCAUGUGUGAGAAGAAAGUAGGAAGUCACAUAUAACUGGCUAUUUUUCUGUUACUUUUAUCGACUUUAGAAAGAAGAAAGAAAAACUUUGCAAGAAAGAUACCAGAACAAGUCUUUGCUCCUUAUAUCCAGUUACAAUUUACAAAUUUUGGGAACUCUAAGGAAUGGUUAAUGAGCUGUUGAAAUAAAUAUUUUCUGUUUGUUGCAUACAGUCAUUUUCUUUUGUUUUUGCAAUCAAAAGUCGGUUGCUUCGUUCCAGUUUAUCUUUGUUAUUUUAUUUGGUUGUUUCAUGUUUUUUAGGGACAAAUUAAUAUCCUUGUGCAAGUUUUAUAUUAUUAUCUAGCACCACUACAAUGGCAAUUUCAUUUCCACUUUUUGUUUCCACUUUCAAGAUAAAUAUAUAUAUAUAUAUUUUUGUUUUUGUUUCGCACACUUUUCUCAAAAAAAAGUUACAGCACUGAACCCAAACUUGUGUGCAAUAGGACUUAGUGAUAUUGUCAGCAUAUUCAGAGAUGGGGUGUCAGUGAAAAUAUACUGUUUAUAUCCUAUGGAGAUGGUUAUAUUGUCAUAGGUACAGGAUGAAUACAGAGCAGUGGGUAAUGACUAAAAACAAAAAAAGAAAAAAAAAACCUGAACAUUUAAAAUACAUAAAAUAAGUUAACAAGUACGCACCAGUUCUACCAUGUUUGGUAUUUGUUUGACCUUCCACAGUAUGAGAGUCUCUACAUAUUUCAUAAUAGGUUUUUUUUUCUAUUUUUUUCUACUGCCCACGGGCUGUGAUGUAUAUACAAAAUGUAAAGGUCUAAAUAUUUUCAUUUGUUUUUAAUUUUAUAGAAUGUUUAGUUUUUUCUCCCCAUGAUGUGGUUACAGUGAGUUACCAAUUUUUCCACACUUUUUUUUGUUUGUUUGUUUUGAUGACUUAUUAUUCAUCAUCUCCACUGGCCAUUUUUCCACCCAAAAGGGUCAAGUUUCUGUAUGUAUAAAUUCAUGCUCUAUUUCGGAUCAGCAGCGGGACACUUUGCUUUCUGGUCACAAUGUGGAAUUAGUUGCUUGCCAACUGAAUUAGACAAUGGUUAUAUUAUACAGAUAAAAGUGAAAUCAAUAUUAUGGAUGAAGCAACAAAAUUUCUGGGGGUUUUUCAGUGAUAAAAUUCAACAUAUUUGUAUUUCAAGGAACUGUAGUUAAAAAAAAAAAAAUGAAAAAAAACUUGUAAAUUCCUCCUUUUCCUCUGGCUUAAUGAAUAUCAUUUAUUCAGUAUAAAAUCUUUAUACUAUAUGUUCCACAUGUUAAGAAUAAAUGUACAUUAAAUCUUGUUAAGCACUGUG